AUGGCCGACUCGGGGGACGAGGCGGAGCGCCGCCGCCGCACCAGAUCUGACGCCGCGCGCAAGCGGGGGGCGCGUCGGGAGCCGGAGGAGGCCGUGCCCGAUGCGCCGCCGCGCCGAAGCGUCAUCGGACCCGAGGACUACCUCCCACCGGGGCAGGAGGAGCUCCUCGAGCGCGUCGUCCUCGAGCGGUCGGCGAGGGAUCAGGAGGAGAUGGAGGAGCGCAUCCGGCGCGAGCUCGAGUACGAGCGGCUCUUCCUCGAGACGGGCCUCACGGCAUCGCAGGCGCAUGCAUCGAAGGAGGCCGACCUGCGCGUGAUGAAGGAGGAGCAGGCAAAGCUCUUCGUCGACCUCGACCCCGACUCCUCCGACUCCGACUAA